AUGAAACACUGGGAGAGGUAGGAGGAGCACCAGGAGAGAGCACAUAUACUCUAUACAAAAACUUGUUUACAUUCAACAAACACUGCUCAGUGUUAAAUACAACCAUGCAAGGAUGGGAAAACAUCCCCAGCUGGCAAUGCAGUGUGAGAGUUGUGCAAUAGAUGGGGAUCUACCUUUUUGUCCUAGAGGCAGACUGAAUCCCUGACCCUGUUUAACGCUGUCCUAGAGGCAGACUGAAUCCCUGGCCAUGUUUAACGCUGUCCUAGAGGCAGACUGAAUCCCUGGCCCUGUUUAACGCUGUCCUAGAGGCAGACUGAAUCCCUGGCCCUGUUUAACGCUGUCCUAGAGGCAGACUGAAUCCCUGGCCCUGUUUAACGCUGUCCUAGAGGCAGACUGAAUCCCUAGCACCCUGUUAUAACGCUCUCUGGUGGUCACGCUCCUUGGGACACGCCCCCUCCGCGAUAACCACGCCCACGUUCGGACCGCCCCCUCUUGCUUUCCCUGCCUGACCUCGCAAAUAGCUCCGCCCUCGGCGUGCUGACUCGUUGCCAUGGUGACAGUGUAACGGGCAGCGCUGUGUCAGUACCGGGAUAGCGAGCCGGUAACAGCAGACGUUUCAUCCGUCCUCUCCUUCCAUCAGCCCGUGUGAGCUCUGUGCACCGGACUGCCUCCAGGACACUUACCGCAUCCCGGGGUCGGCUCACCCCUUCUCCUCCAUCGCCCUGUCCUGAUUAAUGUCCCUGGUCCCCAUACAGAGCCCCCGGAGCAGCCCGUGUGAGCAGGAUGGCCACAAUGCUGGGCCAGCAGGGACUCCAUGUAACCAAAGACAGAGUGAUCUCCAAGAUGCCACAGGUCAGUCAUGGUGACCAGCCUCAUCACAGCCUGGCACUGGGUGUAUUAUACACACACUGUCACACAGCCUGGCACUGGGUGUAUUAUACACACACACUAUCACACAGCCUGGCACUGGGUGUAUUAUACACACACUGUCACACAGCCUGGCACUGGGUGUAUUAUACACACACUGUCACACACAGCCUGGCACUGGGUGUAUUAUACACACACUAUCACACAGCCUGGCACUGGGUGUAUUAUACACACACUAUCACACAGCCUGGCACUGGGUGUAUUAUACACACACACUGUCACACAGCCUGGCACUGGGUGUAUUAUACACACACUGUCACAGCCUGGCACUGGGUGUAUUACACACACACUGUCACACAGCCUGGCACUGGGUGUAUUAUACACACACACUGUCACACAGCCUGGCACUGGGUGUAUUAUACACACACUGUCACACAGCCUGGCACUGGGUGUAUUAUACACACACUAUCUCACAGCCUGGCACUGGGUGUAUUAUACACACACACUAUCACACAGCCUGGCACUGGGUGUAUUAUACACACACACUGUCACACAGCCUGGCACUGGGUGUAUUAUACACACACUAUCACACAGCCUGGCACUGGGUGUAUUAUACACACACUAUCUCACACAGCCUGGCACUGGGUGUAUUAUACACACACUGUCACACAGCCUGGCACUGGGUGUAUUAUACACACACUAUCUCACAGCCUGGCACUGGGUGUAUUAUACACACACUGUCACACAGCCUGGCACUGGGUGUAUUAUACACACACUGUCACAGCCUGGCACUGGGUGUAUUAUACACACACUAUCUCACACAGCCUGGCACUGGGUGUAUUAUACACACACUAUCUCACACAGCCUGGCACUGGGUGUAUUAUACACACACUGUCACAGCCUGGCACUGGGUGUAUUAUACACACACUAUCUCACAGCCUGGCACUGGGUGUAUUAUACACACACUGUCACACAGCCUGGCACUGGGUGUAUUAUACACACACUAUCUCACAGCCUGGCACUGGGUGUAUUAUACACACACACUAUCACACAGCCUGGCACUGGGUGUAUUAUACACACACACUGUCACACAGCCUGGCACUGGGUGUAUUAUACACACACUAUCACACAGCCUGGCACUGGGUGUAUUAUACACACACUAUCUCACACAGCCUGGCACUGGGUGUAUUAUACACACACUGUCACACAGCCUGGCACUGGGUGUAUUAUACACACACUAUCACACAGCCUGGCACUGGGUGUAUUAUACACACACACUAUCACACAGCCUGGCACUGGGUGUAUUAUACACACACUAUCACACAGCCUGGCACUGGGUGUAUUAUACACACACUAUCACACAGCCUGGCACUGGGUGUAUUAUACACACACACUGUCACACAGCCUGGCACUGGGUGUAUUAUACACACACUGUCACAGCCUGGCACUGGGUGUAUUAUACACACACACUGUCACACAGCCUGGCACUGGGUGUAUUAUACACACACUGUCACACAGCCUGGCACUGGGUGUAUUAUACACACACUAUCACACAGCCUGGCACUGGGUGUAUUAUACACACACUGUCACACAGCCUGGCACUGGGUGUAUUAUACACACACUAUCUCACAGCCUGGCACUGGGUGUAUUAUACACACACUAUCACACAGCCUGGCACUGGGUGUAUUAUACACACACACUGUCACACAGCCUGGCACUGGGUGUAUUAUACACACACUAUCACACAGCCUGGCACUGGGUGUAUUAUACACACACUAUCUCACACAGCCUGGCACUGGGUGUAUUAUACACACACUGUCACACAGCCUGGCACUGGGUGUAUUAUACACACAAUAUCACACAGCCUGGCACUGGGUGUAUUAUACACACACACUAUCAAACAGCCUGGCACUGGGUGUAUUAUACACACACUAUCACACAGCCUGGCACUGGGUGUAUUAUACACACACUGUCACACAGCCUGGCACUGGGUGUAUUAUACACACACUGUCACACAGCCUGGCACUGGGUGUAUUAUACACACACUGGUACACAGCCUGGCACUGGGUGUAUUAUACACACACUAUCACACAGCCUGGCACUGGGUGUAUUAUACACACACACUAUCUCACACAGGCUGGCACUGGGUGUAUUAUACACACACUGUCACACAGCCUGGCACUGGGUGUAUUAUACACACACUAUCACACAGCCUGGCACUGGGUGUAUUAUAGACACACACACUGUCACACAGCCUGGCACUGGGUGUAUUAUACACACACUAUCACACAGCCUGGCACUGGGUGUAUUAGACACACACUGUCACACAGCCUGGGUACUGGCAGGGCUGGGGUCAUGGAGAGACUGCAUUGUGGGUUAUAGGUAUUAACCAGCUGCUGACAGUGACCUCUGAUUCUGUUAACUCAUACAGUAUGUUAGUUACCCUGCUGUAUGAGUAAUAAUAUAAACCAUUCAGAGUAAAGCUUCCAUGUUAGAAGCCAUCAAUGGGGACAAGUGGGCAAUUGCUGCAUCCCCUCCACACCCAUAUUAUAUGCCACAUGUGCCAGUGGAUUUGAAUUAAGAAGUUACAUUGCCUAAUGCUUGGGCAAACUGUGUACACCUUUCAUUACAAACCAAGAAUGCCAAAUUUGGUGAAUUAGCCAAUCUUUUGGUGAUGUCACGGAAAAUCAAAAUAUAGUCCUGGUUCUGUGCAAAAUGCUUAUUUGCUAAUUCACAUUUUAUGAUUUAUGAACGUACACAUGUAGAAAACUGACUGAGUCAAUUCGCCAUUUAAAUGAACUGGCAAUCAGCUUUUGGGAGGAUUGAGAACUAUCCAAUAUGACAAUAUUAAAAAAAAACAAAGAAAUACAAUACAUUGUGGAAAACAAGUGCUUUGCAUCAUUUUAGCUACAGGUGAUGAUCAUUUGUGCGAAAUCAUUUACCACUAAUGUGGCCACAUUUUCAUAGCCAAAUAAGUUUCCUUCUUGGACAGAACACUGCCUGCUGAGACAUUUUAUUGGUUUCUACAGUGAUUGCUCCUUAAUUGGCACUUUGCCCCAGAAUGUUUUAGCUUUGAUAUAAAUAUGUCCCCCUAUCCUAGUGUAAGCGCAGGAUCAGUGUAUGCCUUGCUAUCAGUAGAGCUUGGCUUCCUCUUACAAUGACUAAAAGUUAAAAUGUAAUCAGGUUUUCAAUUAUUUACUUUGUAGUCUGUGUAUUUGGAUUGUCACACCUGGCUGAAUCCUGUACGCAGACAAAGCAAUAUAACCUAAUACUUAGAAGCAUCUGUUAAGUACCAUGCAUUAUUUUUUUUUUCUUUGUUCUAUUUAAUUUUUCACAUAUCCUUCCUCAACAGUAUCACUUGUUUUCAUAAGCUUCCACCUUAAUGUGUAGGUCUUAUUAAUUUUCAUAUUUUAUUGUGCCUGUUUGUUUCCCAUUUCAUUUCACAGUGUUAUACACCAGAAUCGUCCAUUCAAUACAAAUCCCAAUUUAAUCAGCAGGUGAAAAAUGCUUGCAAACAGCGCCAUGCAGUGGACCUUGGGUGAGUCAAUUAUUAGUAUGACCCAAUGUACUUACUUGAGUGAGUGAGACAAAACCGUAACUAAUCAUUUAUAAGCAGAUGUGCCACCCAUUAUUGCAUUUAAUGCACUCUGGGACAAGGAGUUUGUUAAAUUCCAUUAUUAAUUUACAAUUCGGGAACAUAAUUAGUUAUGAAAUAAUUAAGAUAUAUAAAAACACAUGGUUGUAUAUUAAUGUUUUAACGCUAUAUUGGCAUCUCUCUCUCAGAUUUUUGUGUUAUGGAAAUCAUGUACUACAGUUUUUCUAUAUCUCUGUUUCCCAAAUCUGCUUGAGCUGAAAAUAUAUAGUGUUUAUCACCAGUUCAUGUGGAGGUAAAAAUACUUGCCUCCACUGCACUAAAGUAUUGCAUAGAUUCACUUUUACAUGGUGCCUCAUGGUCACUCAGGCAUCUAACGAAGAAGUGCUGUAUGCAUACAUGUGGGCUUUACAUUUUCCCCAGCAGUGCUAUAUGCAUUUAUGCUUUGUCCAUAAGACAAUUCAUUUACAUACUUGCUCUGCAAAGCUUGUAAAUGAAAAUAAAAUUAAUCUAUGAAGAAUUGUAGAGCAGUUUUAGCACAACUACAUAUCUCCCAGCAUUUCAAUGGACAAAUAGGGACACUAAUUAUAGGUGUGUGGGCACAGCCAGGCGCAGGGUUGUUCAGAGAAUUUUUAAGGUGACUUACUAAUAACAGUGUAUGCAACUAAAAUUCCAUUUAGAACAAGAACUAUGUAUCUUUAUCAGAGUGGGGUGGCGAUGGAAUCAAAAUCAGCCUCUGCGCAAUGAUUUCCCAGUUUCCUGCUGCACUGUACUGUUACUGGGGUUGAGAUGAUGUCAUAACCUAGCUUGAGCAACAAUACAGUGCAUGAGAGGAACUGCAAAACCAGCAGCCCCCUCAUUGCCAGCACUGCAAGCACUCACAGCAUGACUGCAGAGCAGACACCUGUUGUACUGCACACCCGUAACCAAGGUGCCCCCUGCCGCCUGUCACCCAGGGCAGUCCUCCCCACCUUAGUACACCACUGAUAUUAUUGACUCAGACUGAUUUAUAAUCACAUUUAUGGUAGAUUAACGUCAUGUUACUGUGAGUCGUAUUGUUGUGGAGUUCUGUUAUGCACUCAAAUAUAUCGCUCCUAGAAAAGAGGGACGUUAGGACAGAAAAGAGCUACAAGAUGGAUUUGGGCCAUAAACAGUGACUGUCCCUCCUAAAUAGGGACACUUAGGAGAUAUGCAACUGAUAGUUAAUUUUUAACUAUUAAUAGUUGGCUAUUAGGACUGUGUUAAAAUGAAGGACACAACAGUUCCUCUUUAGGCAGAUGAAAUCAGUAGCUCAGAGAUAGCUUAUCCACUCCGCUAUGACUGAUUUCUGUUUACUUAUAGCACAUUUAGUACUAUAUACACUUUUACAACACUUUGUAAAUCAUCUCACCCUUGACAUCCCAGUCCUGUCUGCCAACAUUUUACAAUUUGUUUCAGAUUAGUAAUCACUUUAAAGCAGUGGUUCCCAACCUAGUCCUCAAGUACACCCUAACAGUACAGUAUUUAGGGAUUACUCAGUUGUGUCUAAGUUGUCUUUAGAAAGAAAGAAAAAAACCACUUUAGACACAACAGGGUAGUCCCUAAAUCCUGGACUGGUAGGGUGUACUUGACGACUGGGUUGGGAACCCCUGCUUUAAAGGAACUCUAUAGGAAUAAAACGUGUAUUCCUAACACUAUAGUUCUGGAAUACAUGUUUGGACCGCGGCCCCCUCUCUGUGGAGUAAAAAGGUGUCUUUACUUACUCAUAGAAAAGCAUUGGCAGGCUAUUGCGCAAAACGCAGCACUGCGCCAAUAAGCAUCUCCUCACAGAGAUAGAUUGAAUCCCUGUGCAGCACGGGACUAGUAAGCACCUCUAGUGGCUGUCUGAGUGACUGCCACUAGAGGUGUUACUCAGGAGCAAUGUAAAGACUGCCUUUUCUCUAGCAGGGACAUGCUUUAGACACCAGAAUCACUACAUUAAGCUGUUGUGGGUCUGGUGACUAUGGUGUCCCUUUAAUGUUUAUAUUGCAGGGUUAAGUCCAAUAUUACCUUAUGUUUGCAUUUUCAUUCUAUUUUUGUAGAUUCCCUUUUUGUGUAUAACUUCAGAUACUGUCUGCUUACAUAAAUUUUUUUUUUUUAUUAGCUAUCAGUGUGGAAUAGGACUUAAAGGGACACUCCAGGCACCCAGACCACUUCUGCCCAUUGGAGUGUUUUGGGUGCCAACUUCCACUACCCUUAACCCUGCAAGUGUAAUUAUUGCAGUUUUCAUAAACUGCAAUAUUUACCUUGCAGGGUUAACUCCUCCUCUAGUGGCUGUCUACUAGACAGCCACUAGAGGGCACUUCCAUGUUCAUAGAACAUGAAAAGUGUGUUAUAACGACGCUGGACGUCCUCACGCUAUGUGAGGAUCUCCAGCGUCGCCAAAUCCCCAUAGGAAAGACUUGAAAGUAUUACUCAUGCUUUCCUAUGGGGAGGUCUAAUGCAUUAGGUCUCCCCCACGGCCGGCAGCCAUGAAUGCGCAAUAGGUCUCCCCUGCCGGCUGACAUCGGCGGGGGGGAGGAGCAUAGGCGGAGCCUGACCCAGCGCCGAGGGACAUCGGCGCUGGAUACAGGUAAGACACUGAAGGGGUUUUAACCCCUUCAGUAACAUGGGAUGGGGGGUGGGAGGGAGAAGGCACCUGCAGUGCCAGGAAAAACGGUUUGUUUUCCUGACACUGGAGAGUCCCUUUAAUUCUGAGAUUUCAUCAGAAAAGUGUAACAAUAUUCUUUUUGUUUCCUUUUUGUUUUUUGUGCCCACUAUUCAUUUCAAUGUCACCAAGAUAAAUGUUAAUGAUCUUUUUAAGAAAGGAAGUAACCGCUUUUAUUUGUUUGGUGUUUUAUGAUUUGCAGGAUGUGUAGACCAUUACUUUGUUGUUUGGUUGUAAUUUAUAAAUUAAUCAGUAAGUUAAAUCCCAAAACCUGCCAGCUGUUACCCACUGAUUAAUUUAUAAUGCCGUACUGGUUCACAGUAAUCAAAUAAAGUUAAUACAAAAGCAAUACGAUAAUCUUGCUGAAGUGCUGUAUGUAGUAUGUACUACUUUACUAUUUAGUAAAAAAGAAAUUGUCAGUAUUAUAAAUUAACCUUGUUGCAUAACCCCACACCACUGACUCAGACAACCCGUCCUGUUACCUCCUCGUUGUUUAGUUCAGUGGAGCUAAACUCAAGAGACAGGCAGUUGACCAGAGCACCAGUCUUGCAAAGCCAAAUCAUUGAGAUGCAUUGGGAAGUCUAUGAUUGGACAGCCGUAGAAAGUCUGGGCUGGGUUAGAAUGGGAGGGCUUGCAAAAGCGUCAGACAAGAGACUUGCAGCUUUUGCUAGCUCUUUUUUAAAAUAAAUAUACCCUAAUGAAAAGAUGCAUAAUUAAAUGCAUGCAUGUUUCAUUGGGGAAAUGGAGUGACUUUUUUAGGUUACAUGGAGAGAUACUGCGACAUUUUACAACUUUUUACUCAUUUAUAAAUUUUGAGGCAAUGCAAGAAAUUAUUACAUGACUCAGUAAAUGAUCAAUUAAGUUAAGAACUUGAAAUAAAAGUUAAGAACUUGAAAUAAUUGUUGCAGUUACAUGGAUUAAUGGACUUUAAAGUAAAACAUUAAUAAAUCAAAAUUUAAGAUGAGGCAAAUGAGAGGAAGAGAAAUCUGAUUAGAUAUAACACUGAUUACAAACCAGAUAGAGAAUAGAAAUGAAUGGUCUUACAGCAAGCAUGAAUGCGGACCACAAUGGAUAUAUUUGCAACCCACCUGCCCUGGGGCCACUUAGAGUUGUGGUUGCAACCAGCCACAAAACAGGAAAGAUAUUUCCUGUCUGAUUCUUGUCUUCCCUCCCACGGCCGAUUGCGUGCUCCUGCAGGCCAGCCACUCCUGCUCGCAGUGCCAGAGCAUCUGGCCUGCUUGAGCAGAGAAAAGCAGGGCUGGAACUGGAGGACGGGUGGCUCAUCUUAAAGGACCACUAUAGUGCCAGGAAAACAAACUCUUUUCCCUGGCUCUAUAGGGUCUUUGGGUCCCUCCCACCCUCUGGGUCCCACUCCCGCCGGGCUGAAGGGGAGCAAGAGCUGCGCGUGCAUUCAAUCAGUCCAUAGGAAAGCAUAACUGUGAAAAUCAGUUAGAUGCGCUGAAGCGCCUCUAGCGGCUGUCAAUGAGACAGCAACUAGAGGCUGGAUUAACCCUAUUGCAAACAUAGCAGUUUCUUUAAAACUGCUAUGUUUACAGGUGCAGGGUUAACCCUAGAUGGACCUAGCACCCAGACCACUUCAUAGAAUUGAAAAGGUCUGGGUGCCUGUAGUGGUCCUUUAAGGUAGGAGAAGAGAGGUUUGGGGGAUCUUCAUGUGUAGUGUGUUAAAUUGGGGAGGGAGGAAGCACUGUAUUAAUUUGAGGGAGGGAGUGGGCAGUGUAUUUAUUUGAGGGAGGGGGCAGUAUAUUAAAUUGGGGGAGGGAGUGGGGCAGUGUAUUAGAGUGGUGGGGAGGAGGCAAUGUAUUAAUUUGGAGUAUUAGAGUGGUGGGAGGAAGCAGUGUGUUAAAUUGGGGGAGGACAAGGUAUUAAAUUGGGUGGAGGGUGCAGUGUAUUAGAGUUGAGGGAGGGGGGCAGUUUAUUGGAUUUGUGGACAGUGUAUUAGAAUGGGGAAAGUCGGUGUAUUAGAUUGGGUCUGCAUGGAGGUGCUGAACGCUCUCCACGGAGAUGCUGAUUUGCUGCGCAGCUAUUUGCCACACAUGCAAUAGCUCCCAAUGCUUUCAUAAGGGAAAGCAUUGGAUUGGCUGAGAUCCAACACACUCGUAGGACUUCAAAAUCAAUAAGAUAACGCAAUUUGUUUUUUACAGCUGUACAACAGCAUACAUUUACCAUUUCAGUCCCAUUACCAAACCUUUCUUAAUAUGUCAAAGUAGUUGGACUGAAAAAAAUAUAUCUCCAUAACCCCUUGACUCCGUUUUACGGCGCUCUAUGCUGUCCCCGUUAUAAUGGGCUUUAAAGCCGUUGCGGUGGCAUAGAAUGCUGUAAAGGCUUAAGCCUCCAGUUGCUUACCUCCACCGCGAUCCUCUUCGGGAGGACUGCCUGACAGCCCAGGCAGCUCUCUCCUGGCAAAUCAGGCCCACGGGGGCCAUGUGAUCACUCUCAGAGAGGGAUCACAUGGCCCCCUAUAGCUGGCUUUGUAUCUGCCUGCAGGGGGACUGCCUGUGCUGUCAGACAGCCCCCCUGCUGGUGGAAAAAGUAAAAAAAAAAAAGAUGAUUAACAUGUAAAAAUAAAGUGUGUGUGUGUGUGUGUGUUUUGAUCAGAAAGUGUACUAUUGACUCCUUCAGGACAGAGUCAAUAUUACACCUUCUGAUCAAAACAAAAUGUAAACAAAAACUGGAAUUUGCGCUAUGUCUGUUCAACCGUAAUUCACCUUUCAUUUUAAGUGCACCCGAACUUAUUAUAUAUCAUUUUGUUCAGGAGAAACUGGGCUUUAAUUUCUCAUGAACUUUUCAUAUUUGAGCAACAAUAGACUAUGGAACCAUGAUCUAUACACCAAAACCACUUAAUUGGUGUUUUAAUGUUGUUGCAACAAUGAAAAAUUCCAGAACAGACAAAAUGAUACUGACUGCUAAGACUAUUUAAGCUGUGGUCCUUAAGAUUGUUUCCUUCAUUGUAUUGUUAGUUAUGACUCAUUUGUUACUCAGCAUUCUGAUAUCUGUAUCCCCUGACCUCAGCUAGUCUGUUUGUGUUCUGCUCUUUGCUGGUUUAGUUACUUUGCUUGUCUGCUUGCAGAAACAUUUUCAAUUAAGGUCUGUUGGCUGUUAGGGUCAGUAACACGUCUUUCUGUCUCUAUUACUUUUUUUUUUUUCUUUCUGGUUAUCGUCUAGUCUAUAAUUGGACAUUGGGUAUUUACUGUAUCCUGACAGCUAUGUUCCAAAACAUAGGUUCACUGCUAAAUAUGGAUCUGAUUUUAAUACCCCUUGACUGGUCUUUACAAUGGCUAUUAAGAAACAUGAACUGACAGAGAUAAUUAUCUAAUCAUGUUUUACAUUUUCUGCUAGAGAUAAUCUUUUGUCAGCAACUGGAAGCCAGCCCAUAACCACUGCUCAUAUCUACCCCCAAAUGGAUAAACGGUUUCCCAUACCUUACUCCACUAAUGCAACGAUGUGUCUUUAACUACACUGAGGCAAAGAGGCCUUGGCUUGUCACUGAAUGUUGCAUUAUGUCUUAGGCUGUAAUGUGGGCAUUGAUAUCAGAAUUAUAAAUGUAUUCUUAUAUAUUCUAAAACAAAAAUUCUCACUUGUUCCCAUUCUUAUUCCCUCUUCUCUUUGUGUAUUCUCUUUGUACAUAAUUGUAUAUCCCUUUAAACUACAGCGGAGCCAGACCGUUCAAAGCAUCAUUCAUGUAUGUUGGACAUUUUCUAUGAUAAUGCAGAUUAUGUUUGUACACAUUGACAUUUUGUAUUAAUAUUAGUAUAGUUUAUAGGUGCCCAAGAUAAUGCUGCUCUUUAUGAUCUUGAACGCUAAAUGCAAAAUACAGUAAAAAUGAAAACCUAAUAACUACUUUUAUCAUAAAAAGAGAAAUACAUCAGUUGUCUUUUCCCCUUAAACACAGUGGUAUUCCUAGAAACUUAGUUUUACUGUGCAAUCUAUAAUUUAAUAAGUAUCUUUACUCUUUUCAAACUGUUUAUACAUCUUUUAUUUUAUUUUUUUCAUUUUAAAUAUGGUACCUCACAGGCUGAAGAUGUCAAAGGUUGUGAUGUUGGGGGAUCUUUAUGUUGGGAAGACAAGUUUGAUAAACAGGUAACCUGUAAACUGAGAUUCAUGAUAAUGUAACGUUUAAGCCUUGUUAGUAUUUCUGGAUGUCCUUGUUAAUCAUUAACAUUUGUGUUUCUCAAUAAAAAACUUUAUGCAUUGAUCCUGAGCCAAUAUCCUCUUCAGCUUUAUGGCUAUACUGCCUUCAAUUCCACCAAAUCCUCGGUUCAUGUUCAAUCUCCAUUUCUACUAUGCCCUUUGUACUUACUCAUGGUCUAUCGUUGAUAUAAUCAUUAUUUUGCAAGCAAGGUUAUUCAUUAAAGUAAACAUUGUUGGGCAUUUAAAGUGAAUUUCAAAUUAAUUUCAAAUUUAAGGCCGAAAUAGCUAAAAGUAGAAAGAAUUUGUCUAGGAUAAUUUUUUUAAUUGGCUACUUUGGUCUUAAAUUUGAAAUUUAUCUUUCAUUUCUUGACAAUUUUAGUUUAGUGAAUAACCCUGAUGGUAUUGCACUCCCAGACAGACAAAAAACUUCCAAUAUGGAGCUUCACUCUAUGAUUUGCCAGGGAAGAGUUAUUUGCCCUUAUCAAUGAUUUGUAACUUUACAAAUGUUUUUCUUUUAUUAUAAUUACUUAUUCUGCCCACUUUCAGGUAAAACUGUCUCACUUCUGCUGUUUUUAUUGUAGGUUCUGUAAGAACGUGUUUGAUCGGGAUUACAAAGCAACAAUCGGUGUAGAUUUUGAGAUUGAGAAAUUUGAGAUCCUGGGGAUACCAUUUAACCUCCAAAUGUAGGCAACUUACUACACAACUUCCAUAUGAUUUUAUUAUAAAGAGGCAUCUGAUACUGUCUGUCCUGUUUGGAAUUAAUGGUGUUAUAUUCCAUUUGUAUUAUUUGCUAUUUAUUUCAUAGAUGAUGCUCAUUUUGUUCUGCAUUGUAAUAUGAUGAUCUCCCUGUGCAAAUGGCACACAAGCCUACAAGGCUGGGCGUAAUCAUAGACUACAAUCCAGCAUCCUUUUUACUUUUAGGAAAAUAGUUAUUGUAGCAAGUUGCUGCUAUCUGGCAAAAUGAACAGAGUGUUUGAUUUGAAACACAUCAAGUGUCUGUGCAUAUAUUUUUUAUAAUGCUAACAUUUUGGUAUGAUACACAUCUAUUUUAGAGGUCUCUACCAAAUAGAACUUAACCCUUUGAGGAUCAGUGAGGGGACAAGACUCUCAUUGCAAACCAGCCUUUAAAGGUGUAUCGGAUGGAGUGUUCUACUCAUUUAAUGGGGCAAAUCUGUAUACAGAUCCAAAUGCUAAAUAAAAACAAUUAUAUUUGGGCAAUGGGUCCUUAUGGAAAGAUUACAAUGACACCAUGAGAUAUAAUCGAUCGAGGGGUUAAUAACGAACUGAUUAAAUCAUACAUUAUUUAUUUUUCAUUUGAAAAGAUGUAUGCUGCAGUUUCUUUCAUGAUAUUUUGCUUCUCUCUAACUGCAGAUGGGACACAGCGGGACAAGAGAAGUUCAAAUGUAUUGCCUCAACAUAUUACAGAGGAGCACAGGGUUGGUAGUGAGAUAAUAUGUAUUACAAUGUUAGAGGAUUCAACCUUUUCUUUAUACUUUAUACCACAUAGGUCUUGAUUUAAUAUUUUUGGUUAUGUAUUUUAAAUUAUUUAAUAAUUUUGAUACAUUUGUAAAAUAAUAUAAUAAUUUGACAAAUAUUUUGAUCUCUUUUGAUAUAUUGAUAUUUUAACUUUGAAAUAUUUGUAAAAGUUAAUCAAAAAUAUAAAAUCUUUUAAAAACCUUAUCCGAAAAUAUUACAUUAAGGCCGUAAUAGUUAACACUGAAAGGAAAUAUAAAUCUGUCAUGAUCAACCUUUCUAGAUAAUUGACUUGUGCUACCUUAAGGUAGCAUUAGACAGCCUUAGGUCUCACCGCUGGGGGGGGCAGACAAAAUAUGGCCCAGCUGGCUGACCCAUGUCCCUUCAUAGGCUGGUGAACACAAGUUUCCAGAGACCUGGUUUCCACCUUCAUAGGGUGCAAAGCUUGCAUAUCCCUCUCACAAACUCCGGCACUAUCACUGACGGAUAGUACUGAAGCAUUGCCGUAAUAAACUGUGGCAACUUUCUGAUACUACCAGAGAGCAGAAGCUCGCAACAAGACUAUACAAGGAUUUUCCUGAUGAAGGUGCAAAACAGAAGAGCUCAGCACUGUACCAUCAAGGAUACAAGUGCCCCUACAUCCUAAACAUUCACAUACUCUAUUUCACACUCACUCAUACUGCAUCCCCCGUAUACUACAUCCCCCUACACACACUAAAUCUCCUAUACACACUCUCACUACAUGCUUUACACACACACAUGCACUACAUCUCCUAUAUACACACAUGCACUAGAUGUGAUAUACACACAGCCCAUCGACAAACAGUCUCUGCAGCCCCAGCUACAGAUACUUCACCGCAAACAAAUCUAUUUACACACACUACUCCAUAAGCAGUCCAAUCUACACACAUAAUUCCACAAGCAGCCUCUAAGCAGUCCCUUUGACACUCAUACACAAUGCACAUUACUGCAAGAUUUAUUGUUGUCGAUUGCUGUGUUAAAUUGGUUCACACUGCACAUUACUGUGAGCAUUUUGCUGUGGAGGUCCGAGACAUACAUAAAAUGCCACCUAAGGAGAUUAAAAAAUCUCAAAUAAUUUAAAUGAGGAAAACACAGCGCUCACAGUAUAAUAUGGCAUUAAUAAGUAUCAAAAAGCUUCAAAGCAAAACUCUUUAUGUCUGCAUGUGACCCCUCUGUGUAAAAGUAGGUGCCUUAUUUUGGCUUUGUAGCAGAAAAUCAUUACAAUGACCCUGUAUAUAUAACUUCUGUUUGUCAUGUCUUGCAGUUAUUAUCACUGCAUUUGAUUUGGGUGACAUCCAAACCCUGGAGAAUACAAAGUAAGUUACCGGACAAGUAUCUUAACUGUAUGCAACCAAACCUGUAAAGGUGUGGAGAUGACUGAGUCGGCCAAAAGGCAAGAUUGAUACUUAGUGUGUUUGGACAUUGCCUGUUCUUAUAAUCUAUUUCUUUCCUUAGACGGUGGGUGCAGGAUGCUCUAAGGGAGAAUGAUCCAGAGGCUUGCUCAAUUUUCCUAGUUGGAACCAAGAAAGAUACAGUGGUAAGCAAAAAAGUUUUAGGAAGCAAUAACUAAAGAAAAUAGUAAUAAUCAAUAAGAUUUCCACAUGAAAAACAAAAUAUCACAUCAAGUGAACACUUACUUCUGGAAGGUGCACGGAUCAUGGUCCCACCAAAACCAUUCUUAUAUAAAAAUAAAGAGAAUGGUCUAGCACUCAUCACAAUAAAUACCACACUAUGAAGGUACUUGAAGACAUAAAUGUCAACAAUUGGAUUUUUUUUUCAAAAAUGUUAAGACCAGUAUAUUCCCACUCAUAUCUAUGUACCAAAAUAAAAAAAAUCCUAUUUAUUGUAGGGAGUGUUGGCCCAUGCUCUUUAUUAUGAACAUAAUCUGGAAGCUACAAGAACGAAAGAAAUUGGCAAAAUUUGGGUGGAUCUGGAGUCCUAGAUGAUGGAAGUGGGCCUUUCUCAGUUCUAUAUGUGGGUCCCAAAAGAACACAGUACGCUAUUACUCACAGAACUCCAUCUGGGUCUGGGAUACGCAUGCAACAAAGUUUGUUCUGACAUUAUACUGAGAAACAGGGAUUUCCUCCCAGGAAUAAAGGCACGGGAGUUUAGGGGUAUUGAAUAUGCUGGAUUGCAGAGGAUACAUCAGUUGUAUGACGGGGGAGUUGUAGUGCCAAUUGAGGACCUGCAAGGCAGAACAAUGACCGAUUCAGAUUUUUUUUAGAAACAGACAAUUUGGGGACUUUAAAACAAGCACAUAUUAAAGAAGCGGCACAUUAACCGAUUACUUUUUUCGAGAGACUAUGUCUAGAGGCGGGUGGAACUGGAUCAAGUCCGGUGCGAGGAUUUUUGCCGCCCUAGGCAAAUAAAAACUGGCUGCCCCAAAUGCUCUACCUUCCAUGCAAUAUCACAAUGCCCCACCCAUAUUAUCUGCAAUAUGAGCCACGCCAGUGCUGCACAGUGUGUUUUCUCUGAAAAGGCAUUGUGUUUACAUUAAAAGGCCUGUAGGCAUAGGCUAUAGACACCAGAGCCACUACAUUAAGAUGUAGUGGUUCUGGUGACUAUAGUGUCUCUUUAAUGUGAGGUAAAUUAGGGAUUAGUAUCACUAAUAAUAUAUUGGAUUGCCUGCUUACCACCAGAUGAGAACAAGAGGAUGAUGAUGCGCUCAGGCUGCAGUCUGGCUCCACUGGUCUGGUGUUAAAACAGGCUCUCUGGAGGCAGUGCUCACAAAAAUCAACAAACAGGAAGCAGCUCCUUUUUUUUUUUGGGGGGUGGGUCCCUUACACAGAUCAUGGUGUGUGUGAGGUAUGCAUUUUGUGUGAAGUGUGAAAGAGAGGGUUUGUGGGGAGGAUAGGGUCUGAGAGGGGAGCAGCUCUUUAAUUUUAUUUUAUUUUGUGAAUAUAAUUUGUAUUGUAUAUUUUUUUUUCUUUAAGUUUUGUGUCUUACACUAAAAGGGGUGUAUCUCACAAGCCCCUUGUGUCUUUUAUCCCCCCUCCUUGUGUGUCUUACUCUUCCCAGCUCCUUGGUGUGUCUCUUUUCCCCCCAGGCCCCUCUGUGUGCCUCCCUCACAAGCGACUGUGUCUCUCUCCUGAGCCCCUCUGUGUGUCUGUCCUCCCUACCAGCCCUGCCUUUCACCCCUUCCUCAGCCUCUGUGUGUCUUACACUCCCCUCGUCCCUUAAUGAUCUCUUCCAUUUCCCCCAUCCCUUAGUGGUCUCAUCUCCACUUCUCACUUUCGCGUCCUAGGCUUUAGGACGCGCCGGCCCUGAACUCGAUCCUUGGGUCUUUCUGCUAUCCAAACCACUAGAUGGCUGGACUAGAAUGGAGCAAAAGCUCCUUCACAAAUUUAUCUUAGCAGCCAGUAUGUCUUUGGCCCAAUCUUGGCUUCAAUCUAAAAUGCCAGCUAUGGAAACAGUGCUUAUGAAAAUUAAAGAUAACUAUUUGAAUAAAUGAACUAUUCAGGUCAGGGGUACUAUGAAGACGUUUACUAAAGAAUGGGACCCAUGACAUUUUUUUUUUAAGGGAAUGGGUAGAUCUGGCUGUGGGUAUGGAGGCGCAUGGAUCUCUCAAUCCUAGAGGCUGGCUCAACUGUUUCUAUCCUCCCUGUUGUCUGCCAGAACUUACACUUGUAUCCCCGGUGCCCACCAUUUGUAGUGGAAUCCAUGCUCACUGUGGAUCCUGCUCUACUCUAUACUUUUUUUAUCUUUGUUUUCUUUCUUCUUGUUUUCCUUUGGUUGGGGGGGCCUGGAGUUAUUUUUUUUUCAAUUUGACAAUUUUUAUUUUGUCAGGUUGCGUAAUCUCAGGGGGGUACAGAAGAAGAGGGGAGGUGGCAACGAUGAAAAUUUGUACAUACAGAGCUCGGUAACAUUGUCAGAGCAUACAACUUUUUUUUUUUUUUUUUGUGAAUAUAUAUUUUUAUUAGGUAUUUUCAAUAUUCCAAUUUCGGUCAUGUCAUAAGAAAACAUCGGUAAGGACACGCAGAACAAAAGAGAGAAAUGCAAAAAAGGAGAGAAAAUGCUGAUCAAGUAUACAGGCAGUGGUGACACGCAGGUCACAUUUUAACACAAGUAUCAUUUACGUGUUGGACUCGCAGGUCCUAUGAGAUGUAAACAGUGGGUAGUACUUUCACAUGGUAUAUUGAAUGACAGUGUGGACACGCAGGUCUUAUGCCACCUAGGGUUAAUAACCAUGGCAGGAGGUAAUGUUCACUUUUUGUGUUUCGUUGUCGUUUGCAGGUCUCGCCCUGGUACAAUUAGUUAUUAUAUGGUGGGCCCGCUGGUCCCCUAGCCCUUUAGAUGCGCUUGUACUACCCUCCAGUGUUUUGUGUAGUCGUCUGUUGUAUUAGCAUUUACUUGUUGGACUCGCUGGUCCCGGAGCUCUUUUAAAGUUGGUCAUAUAAUAUUUUCAAUGUGUUGUGGUGUAGGGGAGUGAAGGGGGGGAAAAGAGGUUUGGGGUGUACAGUACUAGUCACGAUUGUCUGGUCCGUCAGGUGUGGUCCCUAAGUCUAGUUAGUGGUAGGGUCUGUCGCUGUAGAGGGGAUGUCUAUUGCGGUGUCUGGUAAUAGGGCUGCAUCUUGUCCUCCGUUUGGGCCCAGUAUUACACGGUUAUAGUGUUUGCUCCAGUCACGGAGUUUGUCUGUGAACCCGGCUCCCGUCGUUGUCAGAAUCCAUGUGUCAAGGUAUUGUUGUGUUCUGUCCAUAGAUUUCAUGUGCAUGUCUUCCGUCCCUCUCAGGGCCUCCAUUUGUGUGAACCACUUGUCCGGUGUAGGUGCGUCCUUGCUCUUCCAGUGUUGUGUGAUGAGCUGUUUUGCUACAUUAAGUAUCCUAAUAGUAAUUGAUCUUUUGUAUCUAUUACUUGGUAUGGUAGUGUGAUGGAGGAGCAUUGCAGCGGGGUCAAAUGGGGGUGGUUGGUCCGUGAAUAUCUUUAGCAUCUUAUGUAUCCCCUGCCAGAAGGGUUGUAUCUCUGCGCACUCCCACCAAAUGUGUAGGAGCGUCGCCGGCCCUACCCCGCAUCUCCAACACUUUGCUGAUUGGUCUGGGUAUAUUUUGUGUAGGUAGUCUGGGGUGCGGUACCAGAGCGUGAGCAGUUUGUAUGCUGUUUCUUGGUGUUUGCUGAAUGCCGCGCAGUGGUGUGUUAACAAGCACAUCUUUCCCAUUCCCCUUCGCUAAAGCUGCGGUUUAGUGCCGUUUCCUUUGAACCUGGGCGCCUCCGUUGGGAUUUGUGUCUGUAGUGAGGUGUAUAGGGUGGAUACUCCGUGGGGGAGGGUUUCUGGGUCAAGACAUAGUUGUUCGAACCCCGUGGGGGCGCGUUUCAGUGCUUGACCCUGGGGGAGGGUCUUAAGAUAGCUCUUCAGCUGGGCGUAUUUGUAUUCCUGUGCGAAGGUGGUGGUGUGUUUGCCUAUGAUAUCUGGAAGGGUCCUCGGGCCUGUCUGAGUGUAUACGUGGUGUAACCUGGGUAGGGGGUCUGGGAUAAGGCCUCUGAACGCUAGGGGGUCGAGUCCUGGUGGAAACUCCGUAUUGUGUGUCAGGGGGGUCAACGGUGAUGGGUAUGGGGCGAGGACGCCUCGGUCUGCCAUCCUGUGUACUAUCGAUAGCACCCUUAUAGUGUUGUCCCUGGCCUCACGACCCAUCACGAACCCUACUUGGUCUGGGUGGACCAGGGCGGGGAUGUGUUAUUGUAGGCGGGUCACCAAUAUCUUCGCAAUUAAUUUCAAGUCGCAGUUUAUGAGGGAGAUUGGCCUGUAAUUGCCGCAAUGUUCUCCGUCCCUGCCCUCUUUGGGUAUAACUGUGAUAUGUGCCUUGAGGGAUUGUGUGGGCCAGUGGUGUCCCUCCCUGAUCGCGUUAAAGGAGGCUUCCAUCGGUGUGUAUAGGGUCUGUGCGAAGCAUUUAUAGUAGCGCAGCUGGAGGCCAUCUGGACCUGGGCUUUUGCCCGGUUUUGUCGCUUUAACUGCCCAUGCCAGUUCUUCCGCGGUAAUGGGUUCGUCAAGCGCUUCCGCUGUGUCCCUUUCUAUGCGCGUGUGUGAGUCUGCAGGAAUUCUUGUAUUUUUUGUGAGGUUGGUUUGUGUCCGCGGGUCUUGUGGCCCUGGGAGGGAAUAAAGCUCGGAAUAGUACGAGUGUAUCACUUCUUGAACCCUGGCGGGAAGGCGGUGUAGAGUGCCUGUUUUGUCCUGCAUCUUUUAUUUAUAUAUAUAUAUAUAUAUAUAUGUGUGUUGUCUACGCUUGGUUAGCAUUCUCGCAAGGAGUUUUCCACUCUUGUUGCCGUGUAUGGCAAAGAAUGCGUUGUGCCGCGUUCCCUGUGGUGUCUGGCGUGUAGGAGUGUGGCUAAGUCCCGCCUUAGCUGGAGCAGCUUUACCUGAUUGUCUAGGAGUCCGUCCCUCUUGUUGGAUUCGUCUACUGCGUGUAUGCCCUGUAUGACUGUUGUAAUUUGUGCCUCUCGUUGUCGUUUCAGCCUUGCCCCUUCUUGAGGUAACCCCUGACCACGCAUUUGUGUGCCUCCCAAAUAAGUGUAUGUGAGGUCUGCUCUGGGGUAUUUUCUAUAAAGUAGUCUCCCAGUAUUUUUCUCGUUUCCGUUAGGAUCUCUGGGAGGGACAGCAUAUAUUCAUUUAGUCUCCACUUGGAGACCUUGGGCCUGUACAGUGAGGACGUUAGAGUAAGAGAGACCGGCGCGUGGUCUGACCACGUUGCCUUACCGUGCUCCUAUGCCCUCACCAGGGUCAGGUCAUAAUGGGUCAUAAAGAAGUAAUCUAGUCGUGUGUAUGUGUUGUGGGUAGGGCAGGAACGUAUAAUCCCUUUCGUCUGGGUGGUGUGCCCUCCAGCAGUCCAGAAGGUGUAAGCGUCGGAAGAGGGUCUUGAUGUGGGUCAAGUGUUGGAGCAGGACUCUUGAGGUCCCUGAGGACGAGUCCCAUUUCGGGUCCAUGGUCAAGUUAAAGUCCCCAGGAUCAGUAUGCCCUCCGUGAAUGAUCAGAGUAAGCGUAGAGUACGGGUGAAAAACCUAUAGUGCCUCUGGUUGGGGGCGUAUAUAUUGGCGAAGGUGUAGGUGGUCUCUGCUAUCGUGCCCUUCAGGAACAGGAAUAUCCCCUCAGGGUCGGUCUCAGUCGCUACUUCUUUGAACGGUACGUGUUUGUGUAUUAGGAUGGCCACUCCUCUCGAUUUUCCCGCACUAUAGUCACUGUAGUAGCCCUUGGUAUAGUGAUGGUCAGUCAUUUUGGGUCUAGAUCCGUCUCGGAAGUGUGUUUCCUGCAUAUAUACAAUAGACGCUCCAGUACUGUGGAAGUUUCUCAGGGCAUGUGAGCGUGUCUCAGGUUUAUUCAGUCCUUUGGCGUUAAUGGUGGUGAUAUGAAGAUUUGCAGUUCGCAAUGACAUCGUCGUAGUCAGGGGUAGGGGGAGUGUUAGGUGGGGGGGUAUGGUCAAUCAGGGUGGGGGGGGGAACCAGCACCUGCAAGAGCGCUGUCUAGGUAUGAGCGUCUGGGUAGGGGUAAGCGCCUGUCCACCAGGGAUAAGGGGCGACUACCCGCCCAGUACCUUGCGCCCUAUCCUAAGGGGGAGUCGAAGGAGGUUACGAGCCACUAGGCAGCGCACGUGAGGGUGGGGUCUACCAAAUCGCAGACCGUCCAAGUCCUUUUAUGAACUCCUCUGACGUCGUCCCCUGUUGGCUCAGUUUGCGUGUGUGUCAACUUUGUGUUCCUCGCCUUGUUAGAUGCUGGACGUAGGGCCUUCUAGGGAUGGUGUGUGUCAGAUCUAUAUUUUGAUCAUAUGUGUAAACAGGAGAAAUUUGAGGGGGAAAUCUUUAAGCAUAUGAAAAAUAUAAACGGGUAAAACAUUUAGAACAUUCCAAGCAUGGGGCUUCUUGUUGGGUGCGCCCCUGUGACCUGGUCCCUGUGCUCAUGUACCCGUCAUUCCCGCAGUCCCACCCGGCCGCCCCGCUGUCCCUCCCCCCUCACGCAUAAGCAAAAUAAAUCUUGUUUGGGCUCCAAUCCUCCCACCUCUACUCCAUGGGAGCCCAGGCCCCAAGCAGGCCGGGCUGGAGCCGGCUCCCCCACGUGCUCACCUAAGCGGGUCGUCACGCGUGGGUCAGGAGCUCUCCCCCGGCCAGGGCACAGGCCCCCAUACUUCUCCCUUCCAGGUAUGGGUCCCUCGGCAAUGCAUGACAGUAGUAAACAUUAGAUAUUCCUCAUGUCUUCAUCUCCCGUUAGAGGCACCAUGGACUCCACCCGGAGCCCGGCAAUCCCGCCGGGUCCCCGCGGGAGCUUGGGUCCACAGCAGGCCAGACCGGUAUGGCGUCAGUAUUCGUGGAUUGUACCGCUUGUGCAUGGUCAUUAUCUGCUUCCAAAUGGGACUCUGUGGUGAAGGCCUUGCAGGUCCCCCCCCCAUGGCGUGCAGUUCUGCUGUAAUUGAUUUCUGCAGGGCUGCAUUAGCUUAUUUGAGGUCUGCUUUAAUGGGUAGGUUGCUGAGUAACUUCACCUAGUCCGGGGGGGGCUCCAUCGUGGGACGCGAGGUCAGCCGGGGUGACCAGGUAUUGCAUCGAGGGUGCCGGGGACCCCCUAGGGGUGUCCGCGGACUUCACAGCGUGCGUGGCUUUAUGUGUUUUCCCCAUUGUACGGUCCUGACGCGCGGCGAGGAAAUGUGCAGAGCCAGCGGGGAGCUCCCUCACUAAGCCGCCAUCAUGCUCGGCGUCCAAGCCAGCCACGCCCCCAACAUUUUAAGCUUCCACAUUUCAUUUGUAUUGUUGGUUACACUUGACAUAAUACUUAGUUACAUUUUACAUAUUUAUGAUUCCACAACCCAUCCCCCGGGUUGUGUGGGAUCGGGUUUGUGGAAGGUUCUGGCCCAAAAGCAUUAGUUUGACAUUUGUAACUAUUUUCAUUGUCAUAGUGUGGGUGAUGGGGGGUGAAAUAAGGACACUGGGGAAAGGGGUGGGGGUGCAGUGCGGGUCGGGUGGUUGGCCUGAUGCUGUCCUCACAUUAGACUGAGAGUGGGUGAAGAUAGUAUGCCUCCAGUCGGGGAGGUCAUAGACAUCUGCCUGUGGUAUGUGCUUGUGUGUUAGGGUUGUCUGGGUUUGUGUUUGUCCCACAUUUCCCAUGCCAUGGGCCAGUAGGGGGCUUUCGGCAUUGUUUUCCUUGCCAUAAUUUCAUCGUUUUUAUUUGUGACUACGGCAUUGAUGCAUUGGUUGAUCGUAGGGGGGAUUUUGUGGCAGUAGGAGUAGAAGUACUUUGGUACAGUGGGUAGCUAGGGCUGAUAUGUGCUGCCAGUAUUGUCGGAGCCCCGGGCAGUGCCACCAUGUAUGUAUCAUGGUUCCUAGGUCCACCUGACCCUUCAGCAAACAUCAGAUGCGUUGGGGGAGCUGUGUUUGAGACGUGUGGGGACCAGGUACCAUCUAUAGAGCAGCUUGCAGGAUGGUUCCAUAUGGGUUGUGCAGAGGGUUAGUUGUUUGUGGGCUUUGAAGAUAUAUUUCCCUUUCCACCCCCUGCAAGACGGUUCUGACUUCCCUAAGCAGUUUGACAUUGUUUGCCUUGAAUUGUGUAUUGGGUGUGGGCGUGAAGUUAACCCCUAGGAACUUUAUAUGGUCUUGUCUCCAGUCGUAGUUAAAGUUUGUUUUUAAGUUCAUCAGGUCUUGGGGCCUGGAGUUAUUGAUAACUGGAGAGAAAAUAUAGGACCAGGUAGAUUGGGCACUGCGUCUGCUGGCCCUGUAUUUCAUGGUGAGAGGAACUAGUGUCAUUGGGCACUCACCUGUCUUUUAUAUGUCCCGCCGAGGCCCCUGCGCUCUCCCCCUACGCCUAUCCUCUUUCCGUACUCCCACAUCUGAUGCUCGUCUUCAAGAAUUUUCCAGAGCUGCACCUUUUCUGUGGAACUGCCUUCCCUUCUCCGUUAGACUUUCACCAGUCUCCACUCCUUCAAAAAAAUCUUUGAAAACACACUUCUUCAGGAAAGCAUAUCAUUUAAACUGUUAGUCGGUUUUCAUCCCCCCCGCAUGACUCCUUUCAUGCAACUGUCAAAAAUAACUUACUAAGUUCUCAGUGAUUACUUUUCUAGCAACCUAUUACAUUACCCCUACUUAUACCCUUUGUGUCACUAUACCCCACUCCCUCUAGCAUGUAAGGUCAUUGAGCAGGGCCCUCAACCCCUCUGUUCUUGUGCAUCAAAUUGUCUGGUUACUAUUACGUGUCUGUUAGUCCACCCAUAGUACAAUCCUACAGAAUUUGCUGGCACUAUAUAAAUAAUAAAAGAACUACAUUUAAGCAAUGAAUUGUGUAAUGUAUGGAUUGUCCAUAAUAGAUCAAUUUUAAUCCCAAAGCAUGUGUUCUAUGGGUGGAUAGAUGCAGAUUGCUGAUGUAAGCCUUUUGUUGGUUAUUGAACUCUCCACACAUUGUCUGCAUGAGAACAUGGGGGUUAUAGAAAGAGAAGAGAGCACACUCGGUUCUAUGCUUUUUAUGUAGGUCCUGAAUCCUUUUCAGUUUUAUAUACAUUGAAGAAGAGGGUUUCACCUAACAAAAUGCAAUGGGCAAUAGGCAAUAUAACGGGAAAAGCAAAAACAAUCUUAUUUUGUAGGUUUUCUCUUUGUCAUAAUGGUAUCCAUGUGUUGACGUUCUGAGUGCAGUCUUCAAUGCCUGUAAUCGCUGUGCUCUGUCUAGGUUUCUGUAUUCUUUUUUACAUUUAUUUCAUUGUGGUUUUUUUUGUUUUGUUUUUUUUUACAGACUUUAGCAGAGUGUGAGCGGACAGAACGCGACGCUAUACAAUUCGCUAGAGAGUUUAAAGCUGAAUAUUGGUCCGUAUCAGCAAAAACAGGUUCGAACCUACAGGAAAAGAAGUGACUUGUGUCAUUGUAAUAAAUCAGAAUAGCUGUGUAUGUUGGAGGACACUUCUUAAGGGACCUUAUUCCUUUCUUCUUUGUUAUAUUAAUUGCUUCAAUACCACCAUUUUAAGGUUUCAUACUUUGAUUAAACUUAGAAAUAAAAGGACCUUUUUUUUUUUUUUUUGGUUUUUGUCUCAAAAACAGGACUUUACAACUUGGUGUGCCGAAGCAGACACUGUCUUUUCGGAUAAUCCAUUAGAACCUAACCCUACAACAGAUAAUAUACAAAAAGGAUUUAAGGAACUAUCCAAGUUGUUUAAACAACAACUUAGGGUAGGUUGGGAAAUAUCCUUAUUACAAAACUACAUACAAAAAGAAAUGAUACCACGAGGUUUAAGAAUAAAAUUAACCACCUCCAAACAAUACUAUUUAGGAAACUUACAGCCACAAAGAGUGUUCUGGAAUGGGAUAGCUACCACCUGAGACCCCUUAAAAAGGGUAUUCCAAUAGGACAGUAUCUAAGAGUAUGUAGGAAUUGCUCAACACUGGAGGACUUAAAGUCUAAAGUUAAGGAGCUCUGCACACACUUCAAAGAACGUGCAUAUCCUAACUGAUGUCUAAAAAUAGCGUAUAAGAGAGCUUUGGAUAUGGACAGCGAGAUCAUGUUAAAAAAUGUCCAUAAGGAUUCUGAUGACCAGCAGUUUAGAUGCAUUGCUGAUUUUGAUCUGGGGCGGGAAUCGGCCAAAUCUAUUUUGAAUAGUUUCUGGCCCAUACUUACACAGGAUACGCACCUCAAGAACUUACUGACUUCUAAUGCAUGAUUAACAUUUAGGAGGGGUAAAAACCCUCUUGGUACCCAGCCACCUCUCUUCUAAAAUAUCCUCAUACACUUGGCUAAAGAAUUGUUUGAUAGGGUCCUAUCAAUGUGGCAAGUGUAAGGCUUAUAAAUUCAUUUUACGGGACUCCAAAGUGAUUGCAGAUAGUACUAAGAAUAUUAAACUCUCAGUUAAGGAUUUCUUCAAUUGCAAAACCAGAGGAGUACUUUAUCAUCUUAGCUGCUCCUGUGGAAAGAAAUAUGUUGGCAAAACCUUCAGACAAUUUAAACUUCGUAUUUUGGAACACAUUCGUUCAGUAAGAUACAAAAAUGACGCACCUAUUUCAAGACAUCUAUGGGAAUAUCACUGGACCAAAGAGGUGGAGAUUUGGACCGCCUAUUAAAACAAAGGGAGUCCUAUUGGAUCUAUAAAUUAAAGACCCUAGCACCCGUGGGCCUGAAUGAAGGGUUUACCUACACCCCAUUCUUGAAUUAUUUAUUUUGGAAAUAUAGUCCCUUUGUAAUUCAUGUAACCAUUUCCAAAUUAUCUAGAGACUGAUAUAGAUGGUUACUUUUACAAUUAUUGAUUAUAACUAUAAGAAAUGUAAUCCUAGUAUUACCACUUACGUUGAUGCUAAUUUUCUUGAUCCUGUCAUAAGUAUAAUAAUUAAUCCAAUAUAGUCUUUUAUGACAUCACAAAUAUAGAGCAUGUUCAAUUGAGUAUUUUCACUAAAUCCUGUAUAUUCACUUGAUUAUUUUAGUUUGUUGUCCCCUAGUAUUUCACUCCAUUGUAUAAUUAGCAGGUGAUAGCAACCUGCUCCAUGGGACUCUGCAAAGUCUUUACCUUGUAAUGGACAAGAAAGCGACUGUCCGUAAAAUUAUGGGAAUGAGUGAAACAUUUAUUAAAAAAUAAAUUUAAUACACACCAAGUGGGGUAAUAUGAAAUUAAUAUGAAUUGCCCAUCAAGUGUCUUUUGAUGUGUUUUUUUUCAUCUGUACUCACUUAACCCUUUUUGACCUAGAGACAGUGUUUUUUGCACCUUUUUUGGUACUUUCAAUCUCCAUUAUAUAAUUCAGACAUCCAGGAAAUGACUACCGUUUUUCUUCCCAUUUGGAAAUUGACAUUAGUAUAAUUGUCACUGACAGCCAUUUUUUUUUUCUGUCAGUAGAGAUGAUAAGCAAGCAAUGUCUAUAGGAUAUGAUUAUGACUAGUAUGCCUGACUUUAAAAUACAAAAGCCGGUUUCAUUUCCUAGCAGAUUUCUCUUCACCUCACCGAGUUGUUAAGGGGAGGGCGCUUAUCCUUUUUCCACGCCCCUGCUUCAUUUUGAUUAGAUGAAUCCCACAUAGGGGCGGGACCAUAAGAUUGGCGCGGACAUUUAAAUAGGGGCGACUUCUCACUAGCCCUAGACGAAGGCGCAAUUCAGUAGUGCCGAAAUGCGCGUCGGGUGUUUUUACGCUUCGUUUAGUCUAUUGUUUAAUUUUGGUGUUUUUGGGCUCUAGGGUUAUGGAGUCAUUGUGCUUCUUGAUUUAAGUUUAGGAUUAUGGGGAAGUACAGGUAGCAAUUUAGUUUAGUAGUUUUAGUCUUAGGUAGAUUGGCUAUUAUACGAUGAUCCACAGAUAUUUCUAUUUUAAGCUUAGCAAGUGUGCUAGCACGACCACCUGUCAGCAACGAUUUGCAGUUCCAGUACUUAACGAUUAUUUUCAUGCCACUCAGGGAACUUAACUAAGUUCUGUCGCUUGCCUUUUUUUAUGGAACUCCCUAUCUAUGGGAGCCUUUAGGGUUGUAGCCUUAUACUUAUCUACCUAUUGAUAGACCCUUUCAAGGUCAUACUGGAUGUAAGGGAUUAGUAGCCAUAGCGACUGUAUCUGCUAUAAUAGUUGGUCCAAUCGUUAACUAUGGAAUACUAGUGGACUGAAUGUUUUCAGCAAUUACUCAUACUGUACCUAGUUAAUUACAGGGAGAGGUUGGGGUUCACUGGUUUUGUGUAGGGUCUGGGGAUCCACACUUGAUUACAGUCCCGCUAUUAUCUUCUAUUCAUUAUCCAGCUCAUUUUAUACUACUACUGUUUCACUACUGUUAGCAGGUAAUGUUAUUGUAUCCGUAUACAAGUUGAAACAUUCUUUCUAUGUUCUUUAUUACGAGAAGCUCUAUUGAGCACCUACAUUGAAGUACAUUUUAGUUUAGUUUGGUUUAGUUUCACCUUUAUUCUAUAAAGCUCAAUCCUUAAAGGUUGCUCCAACAUCUAUGGUUCCUCUCUUGGAACAUUAACCCGUGUAUCACUAUUAACCCUAUAAGUGCCAGAUAAGUAAUAUUUGCGUUGCUUAGUCCUAAGACACUCAAGGGUCAAAUCAAUUAUUCAUUAUAAUAGAAUGUGUUGGUCUUCCAGUGGAAAAGUCCUUGAUAAAGAAAUGACUGUAUGCUACCUAGUCCUAUAUUAUAUUUCUGCUUUGCUCUGUCCCAGGGGAACAUGUGAAGGAUUUCUUUUUCCGAGUUGCAGCUCUGGCCUUUGAACAGUCAAUGAUGAGUCAACUGGAAAGGAGCAAAGACAGCCCAACUCAGAUUGGGAAUGGGACCCUCAUUAGUGAGUAUUUCAUGAUGUCAUACAGGAGAGCUUGUAAUCUGUGGAAUGUUUACAGUGACAAUGAAGCCUGCUUGCUCUCAGAUUAAUAAUUAAACACAUAGCGGGAUGUGCACUGAACCUAAAAUGUGAUAUAAUUACAUUUAAAUAGCCUAUAUUUCCGCCAUUGUUUCUUUGCUGCAGAAUCCUUAAUAAAUGUAUUCCUUAAGUAAUCUUCCUGACCAUCCCAUUUUACAGAUAAUUUUAUUAUUGUAUUUACUGACUAAUUCCUCUUUGUUAUAUAUUGAUCUGCAGUUGAACACUCAUUAAAUAUUAACAUUUUUAAAUGGCAAACUUUGACAAAUCUAGACUAACUAUAAUGCAAUGUGUUGGGUAGAUCCAAAGCCAUAUUAUCAUUGUAUUGCAGAAAACAGCUAUCCGUUCAUUUGAAUUCAUUAUACAGAAAGACAAAUACACAAAUAGAUGAAAUGGAAAAAAGUUAAUGCAAAUGUAGAAUAAAGUGCAAAACUGUCAUUUUAACAAGCAUUGUAAAUGAAUUUUUUUCAGAUCUUGAAGGAAAUUCAGCAGAGAAAAAGGAAAAUGAAAGCCAGCAUGCCUGCUGUUAGACUAAAGUGAUCUAAUCUUGCAAUUAAAGCACCAUCUUAGCCACUCGUCCACUCAUGGAUAGUGUCCAGAUGCCACCAGUAACUCACUCUUUGGUUUUUUGAGUGUCCUUUCUGAUGUUGCCUUGUAGCGUUUUCAACCUAGUUUGAGUCUCUAGCCAUUUGGGCUGUAGUGUUAAGCUGAGAGAUGGGAUAUUCUUUCACUGCCCAAAACAUGAAGAUAAUUAGGAUUUACCUUGCUAAUCAGCUUGAUCCUCCACUCAAACUAGAAAUUUAUAAUCCUGUAUCCACAAACCGAGACUACUAAAAAACUGUAACAAAGCACAUAAACAACUACACACAACAAAUAUCAUCUUUCAUAGGAAAAUUGCUGAUUUGAAUUUUUUUGUCUGUAUGUGUACAUUAAUCAUGACACUAAAUGCCUUGUUAUUGAAAUGUGAUUAUGUCGGUCACCACCUUCCUAUAUUUGUUCCAUUUGCUCCAAACCAUCUGUCUGUACUAAGCUCUCCUGUUUUCGCACAGCUGUUGACAAAGUCUCUAACUGCUUCCACCUUCCUCAGUUAUACAAAUCAUCAUUUUGUUUUUGUGCAAGAUGAACUGUCUUAAUAUGUCAAGUUGAUUUCAAUUCAGCGACAGAGACUUCCCAGCUUCUAUUUCUCUUUUGACUGUAAACUGCCUCAUUGGCAGGGUUAAUUUAUUGGUUUGAGAGAAGCCUUACUCAGAAUAGGUUAGCAUAUCUCUCCCUCUUUGUAUAACAUCCUCAAUGUUAUAAAGUGUUACUCUUCCUCCUGACACAGACAGUUUAUCAGGUCACUGGCCAUGUCUUUCUGGCUGAUUAAACAUCACCAAGGAUAGGCUGAAAAUAAUCAAUCAAUGAAAUGCAGUUGCUAUGGCUUGUAGUGUCAUUUCAAAAGACUUUGGCCUACAUUGUAUGUAUCAGUGCACUAACUGAUGUAUGUGAGAAUACAAAUGUAAUUUUAAAUAUGUAUUUUAUAUUAAAUAUGUACACCUGAAUAAAGGGACCACAAUGCAACAGAAAUCUUUACCUUACCUUAAUAAGUAACUGGUUAUUUAAUAAAAGAUGCAUUUUACUUCUGUUUUGUGUUUUUAUUAAAUAAACACAAUGGUUUUUUGUUUUCCCAAAUCCUAU